AUGGCAACAUCAUCUAAUUCUACUACAAGACAAAUCGCUCAACAGAAUAUGAAUACUUCAAUGAAUCAAUCAUUAUCUAUAUAUGUUGGAAAUCUUUCAUUUAAUACAAUUGAAGAAGAUUUAAAAAGAUUUUUUAAUGACAACUGUGGUAAUGUCAAACGAGUCCGUAUUAUUUAUGAUAAUAAUACACGUCAAAGUCGUGGUUUUGGUUUUGUAUAUUUUAAUACAAUUGAAGCAUUUAAUGAUGCACUUCAACUUCAAAAUUGUCAAUUAGAUGGACGAGAACUUCGAAUUGCACCAGCUGAAACAAAAAAUUCUUCUACUCCUUCUUCUUCUUCUUCUUCUUCUUCUACUAAUACUAGUACUAAUACAAAUGCAGCUGCUAAUGUUACCAGCAGUGUUGUCCCUCAAACAACAAAUAGAUCAAGGACACAGGUAGUACAUUGUAAAAAAUCAAAUUAUGAUGUUUAUAUAGGUCGACCUUCAGAUUGGGGUAAUCCAUUUGUUAUCGGUAAAGAUGGUGAUCGAGCAGAUGUCAUUAGAAAAUAUCGCAGUUGGAUAAUGCGUCAACCGGAUUUAUUAGCUCGAGCUAAAAAUGAACUUCGUGGUCAAAGAAUUGCAUGUUGGUGUAAACCAGAAGCAUGUCAUGGUGAUGUUCUUGCUGAAAUAGCUGAUGCUGAUGAAAUAAAACAGUCAUAA